CCCUGGGGGAGCAUGUAGCCACACCGUGGGUCCCGGCGCGCCCAGCCCUGGCCACGACUUACACGGGCAGAAACAGCCCAUGCUCAAACAUCAAACCACACCAGGCCAUCCAUCUCGACGCUUCUCCACCCCAGGGUCUUUUGUUGUCCAGGAUCCUCACCCGGCUUCCUCCUCGGCUGCCCGCCUCCUCCUCCACCCGCCACGCCACUCCCCCAAACCAUACACCGCACCCCCCCAGCUGGUCUGGACAAUAAAUACUUACCCCUACCCGUGCCUUCUCACCCGGCUCCUACUCACUCUCUCACUCCAACCUCUUCCCUCCGCCAACUUCUCCCCUUGGCAACCACUUCGACAUCCUCACCCAACAUGGCGGCGUCUGCGACUAAGCCUGAGGCUGCGGCCGUCCUCGACGACGGCACCCGCGAGUACAAGCCCCUCCGCGGAGCAGCCCAGGAUCUCAAGAAGCCUCACAUCACCGAGAUGCCCAUCACCGCCAGCAACUGGUACAAGCACAUCAACUGGCUCAACUGCAUCUUCAUCCUCUUCGUCCCUCUUGCCGGCCUCAUCACCGCCUACUGGACGCCGCUUGAGAAGAAGACUGCCAUCUUCACGGUCUGGUACUACGUUCAGACUGGUCUUGGCAUUACGGCUGGUUACCACCGUCUCUGGGCUCACACUUCCUACAAGGCCACCCUUCCUCUGAAGGUCUGGCUCGCUGCCUGUGGCUCCGGCUCCGUCCAGGGAUCUAUCCGCUGGUGGUCUCGUGGCCACCGUGCUCACCACCGUUACACUGACACCGAGAAGGACCCCUACUCCGUACGCAAGGGUCUUCUCUACUCCCACCUCGGCUGGAUGGUCAUGAAGCAGAACCCCAAGCGUGUUGGCCGUACCGAUAUUACCGACCUCAACGACGACCCGGUAGUCGUUUGGCAGCACGUCAACUACCUCAAGUGCGUCAUUGGCAUGGCUCUCGUCUUCCCUACCCUUGUCUGCGGUCUCGGCUGGGGCGACUACUGGGGUGGUUUCAUCUAUGGAGGCAUCCUUCGUGUCUUCUUCGUCCAGCAAGCUACUUUCUGCGUCAACUCCCUUGCGCACUGGCUCGGCGAGCAGCCCUUUGACGACCGCAACUCUCCGCGUGACCACCUCAUCACCGCCGUCGUCACCCUCGGUGAGGGCUACCACAACUUCCACCACGAGUUCCCAUCCGACUACCGCAACGCUAUUGAGUGGUGGCAGUACGACCCUACCAAGUGGCACAUUGCCGCGUGGAAGAAGCUCGGUCUCGCCUACGACCUCAAGCAGUUCCGCUCCAACGAGAUUGAGAAGGGUCGUGUCCAGCAGCUGCAGAAGAAGCUCGACCAGAAGCGUGCCACCCUCGACUGGGGUACUCCUCUUGAGCAGCUCCCCGUCAUGGAGUGGGAUGACUUCGUUGCUGAGGCCAAGAACGGCCGCGGCCUCGUUGCCAUUGCUGGUGUUGUCCACGAUGUGACCGACUUUAUCAAGGAGCACCCCGGUGGCAAGGCCCUCAUCAGCUCCGCCGUCGGCAAGGACGCCACCGCCAUCUUCAACGGCGGUGUUUACCUCCACUCCAACGCUGCUCACAACCUGCUGUCCACCAUGCGUGUCGGUGUUCUCCGUGGCGGCUGUGAGGUGGAGAUCUGGAAGCGAUCCCAGUUGGAGAACAAGGAUGUCACCUACGUCAACGACUCUGCUGGCCAGCGUAUCGUUCGUGCCGGUGAGCAGAUCACCAAGAUUGUCCAGCCCGUUGCCAGCGCCAACGCUGCGUAAGGAUUCAUGUUUCCUGGACACGGGGCUUGCUAGCACAACCCCAGGGAUGAAAAGUAGCAUUUAGAUUGUGGAAUCACGACAUGGUGUCCGGCGUUCUGGUAUUACUGGAGGAUCAUGAUGCAGAUUGUCCUGUACUCUGGUUGUUUUUUGCUUUGUUCUAAUAAAGAUUAAUGACCACCAAAGACUAGCGAAUACGUUGACAUUAAACAAUUCCAUUGUAUUCAUGUUCUA